CCGUGUUAUGUAAGCCUGGAGGGCGCCGCUAACUCUUAUCCGAGCCGCCCUGGUGAACGGACCUGUCGGUUCCGAACCCUCGCGCACACAACCUCGAGUAUUCGAAGCGUGUUUAAAAAUACGCGCGGUCGUGUUGUGAACGUUUUCGCAAUUUUUCCGUAUUUCCCGCGAACUCGUGCACCUGCGGAAGCGAUAUUGAAAGGAAAAUCGUGUACAGCAUAAAAAUAUUAACGUGUGUGUACGCACACUUAGUGUGAUGGAGUGUGUACGUGCAUUCUAUCCUGGAAGAUAAUGUGAACAAGACAAGGUGAAAGCAGCUCAGCGACGGAAUAAUAUGUAAUACGUCACCUCGAGUGGCGCUAACAUCGUAGCUUUUCCAUCGCAGAAAACACAACCAGCUAAAAUGGGCAAGAAGAAUUCUAAACUAAAGCAGGACACGAUUGACCGGCUCACCAAUGCCACAUACUUUACUGAGAAGGAGAUACGGCUGUGGCACAAAGGAUUCCUCAAAGACUGUCCCAAUGGACUUUUAACUGAGCAGGGAUUCAUAAAGAUCUACAAGCAGUUCUUCCCUCAAGGAGAUCCGAGUAAAUUCGCCUCACUCGUCUUUCGAGUUUUCGAUGAAAACAACGACGGGUCAAUAGAAUUUGAGGAGUUUAUACGGGCUUUAUCAGUGACAUCGCGAGGAAAUCUCGACGAAAAGUUGCAUUGGGCUUUUCGUCUCUACGAUGUGGACAACGACGGGUACAUAACACGCGACGAAAUGUAUAACAUAGUGGACGCUAUAUACCAGAUGGUGGGGCAAACUCCGCAGCCGGAGGACGAGAAUACUCCGCAAAAACGCGUGGACAAGAUAUUCGAUCAAAUGGACAAGAACCACGACGAUCGUCUUACCCUGGAGGAGUUCCGCGAGGGCAGCAAGGCUGAUCCCCGCAUUGUGCAGGCCCUGUCCCUCGGGGGAGAUUAAUCGACAGUCAUUCUCUCGCCGGAUUUCUCAUUUACUUAAAGAUUUACCCGUAACGCCGCCACGUGAACGCUUUCUUCUGUUGCUUAUCUAACAUUCAGUUUACUUCAUUCAAUUGAAACGGGCAGUACAACAGUACAAGGUCUUCUAUGACCACCUUCGUGAACUAUAAGAAAGUGACAUGGGGCGGAAUUAUAGGCGUUUUUAAGUAUUUGCCAUGUAAUUCCGAGCGAACGAUAUCACUUAUCCAGUUUCUUAGAAACAACAGUAUAUGGAUGUCGUGAAACUAUCGCAAACUUUAAGCUUUGAUGUACUACGCUUCAGUCGCACCGUGUCUAUUUUCUCCUGUUUAUUGUGACUGUCCUUUGUCCUUUUUUCUACAAGAAGAAGGAAUGUAUGAGCUCGCAAUAUAUUUGGAACGAAUUACACUCUUGAUCUAGUUCGAAAAGUUACGGUUGUAAAUAAAAAAUGCGGGGAUCGGUGGGCACUGUGCCAGGCAAUAUGACUUCAUCUUUAACAUCUACACAAGUCAUGAAUAUUUUAUUUCAGUUUCAAGGUUGUGCAAAUAUAACAAUACCUUUUGAGAUGCUCUUCAGUCGGCCGUUAAUUUUCACAAUUUAAAUACAUUAACAUAAAAUAUUUUUGCUAAUUUAGAUUAGUUAGAAACAAAAAUUUAAAUAAGACGAUCAUAAUUAUUGGUACUGUAAAUAUAAUUUCCAAAUUAAUGUUACUAAAUACUAAACUAAUGACGAUCCUCGCAUGAGAGCUGAGAGAUGGCAAGUGACACUGAAAAUACAUGAGAAAAUUGAUAAUUAUAUCCCGUUUAAAUAAAUAUCAUUUGAUUUUUUAACAAGCAUACCCAGCGACCCUUAUGACUUUGUGGCAGACGAAUCCGUGCGAGAGAUUAUUCCUCCCUGAGGACAGAUUUACCAAUUUUUCAUAUUAUAUCAUGAUGCUCAUACAAAAUUCCCAUUGAUAUAUUUUUUAAUAUACACACAGUUGCAUACAUAUUAUAUUCAAAAUAAAAUCAUAAUGCAGAUUCCUUCAAUUACUCAUGAAGAUGAUAAACAUGUCAAACGUAUAAAAUUACUUACACAUUUACCUAGAUAUUUAAAGUAGGCAAUGUAAAUAUUGCCUCACCCUUAAAAAAAUCCAUAAAAUUUAAAUACCUAUUUAGUCAUUGGUGUUGAUAGUCACGCAUCCCGUUUAAUAUUGAAUUUAUUAAAUUGCUCAUUUCACAGUAUAAUUAUUAAACAGUAUCCCUUAUAAGUAGAUAUCUAUAUCUAUCUAACAAGAGUUAGUUUUUCUCAGUUUAUACAUUCCAUUAGUGUUUAGCAUGUGAUCUACUAGGUAUAAUUUUAAAUUAUAUAAACUCAAUUUAAAUGCAUCUCUUCUACGCUUCUUGUCAAGUAAUUACACCAUCAUUUAGGAGACGUACCUAACUACUAUACCUAUAUUUAUGUAUUCAUAUAUUAUCAUCCAAUGACACAAUUUUGUUAACGUUGCUGUUGUUGUUGGUUAGAUUAUUAGGUUUUUAAGAGUUACGCCCCAUUGUAUCGUUAUAUUAGUAUUCGUACUUUGUGACAAUAUAAAGUUUUUUGGCAUAAGUACGUUUGGGUUUUUACAGCCCCAUAGUUGAUACUUUUUAAAAAUAUACUCAUAAUGCCAUGAUAUGUAACCAUGGAUAAAAUUACGAAAAAAAAAAAACUUUUAAGAAAUUUUUAAAGAGAACAUCGGAGGCAUGUUAAACUUAUGAAAAUUGUAAUUUAUUAAGAAGUAAAUGACAUUAAAAUCACUUGGAUAGAAUUUAAAAACAAUCAUUUGAUAACUAAAACAAUCAUUUGAUAACCAUUGAAGCAAAAUUCUGAUGAUGGUAUGUCGUAAACAGUACUGGUUGUGGAAUGGACUUACUUAAGCCUUAAAAAUAACACGGUUUCGCCGGAGACAACUAUAAAAUUAACAAUUUCGAAGGAUUACCAUCACCCGAUAUAUUAUAGUUAUGUAAGUAGAAUAGCAACGUAGAUUGGGUAAUACUAAUGAAGCUUAAAAUUCUCCACCCAUCCAGUUGCAGAACUAGGAUGUCGCUUCCAGCCUAAAAAACUACAUAUAAAUUAUUUUGCUAACCUUUAAGUAGAACUAUUUCUAUAACAAUAAAUUAUUUACAAUCGAACCUUUAGCUUAAACGCACAUGUAAUGUGUUAACUGUCAACAUCGGUCAAAUAAAUAUAGGUAAUAUUAGCUGUAAAUUUUAUUUUUUUAGGUAACAGCUUUAUCACAUUGUUAUUUGUAUCCAUUAUUGUUAAUUUUAAUAUCCUACAUGAUGGAAUACACUACCAGAUGGAAUGGCUAGUCAAUUUUGAGUCUUUCAGAGUAGAGAGAGGGUUCAAGAUCCUCAAACGAACUAGAAUCUAGACCUAUCGUUGCGGGCUGUGCAUUAUAGGUUUAACGUUGGAACUGUGGAAGCUGUCUUCUUUAGAGAAACGUACUUAAUUCUGAUUUAACCCACUCGCUAUUUAUUUACCGCAUCUACCCUACCAUUUUGCUUUACACUAUCUUCGUUGUAAGGUGUCGUUCUUAGAUAAAAUAGAUCAAUGUGAUUUAAUGUUUCAAGUAGACACGAGAUUUUAAUGUAUUCUGCCUUUCAAGAAUAUUACCAAGCUUUCUCACGAUAGAUAAAACAAUAGUGUUUAAUGUUAUCGAUGUUUCGUCUUUUAGAAGUCUUACUAUAUAUUUUUUUGUUACAAAUUACCCAGUUUCACGUUAGCAUCGGCAGCGAACUGAAUGUUUUAAAUUAUUAUUAUUAACCGUACUUUAUGCGUUUAUUAAGAUAUUUCUUAUCUAUCGUUAACGAACCUGGAAUAACAUCACAUGAGUAUAUAAAAUAUAGUACAGAGACAAUGCUUCAUACAACCGUGCAAAUCGAUUCCUAUAAUUAUGUCAUAAAAUCUUGGAAAUACUUAGAGAGCGUUCUACAAAUGUGAACUUCAGUAACGAUAGCUAAGAAAAAUAGUUUAAGCGUAAUUUAAGAGUGCUAAGCUUCAAUGUUAUCAAGAUCUGCCCUAUUCCUGUCUAUUUUCCUACUUGCACGUUAAUGUUUUAAAAUCUUUCUAUGUAGGAGAUUAUAAACGCAAAGAUACUAUCUCUAUGUAAAGAUUGGAAAACAGGUAGGGUUAUUUCGUAAUGAGUAAAAGGAUCGACGAUACUUUACACUUAACCACAGAAUACUUAAAAGUAGAUAACGCUAACUUCACAACAACCGUAACAUCUGCGUUAUGAUGCAAUAUUUUACAAAUUCGCAAGAAUCUGGUUCCGAAGAAACCUUUUUAUAUCAAUUUAUGACAAUAUUAAACCUUAUAUGUUACGAUGUUUGGAUAAAACUUCAUUCAUUAUUAACA